AUGGCAACAUAUCAAGCACAUUUACCUAUUACUCAAACAAUUUAUAUGUUGACAUUAUUUGGAGUUGGAGCUUUCAUUAUGAGGGGAGCUGGAUGUACGAUUAAUGAUAUGUGGGAUAAAAAAAUUGAUAAAUUAGUAGAACGUACUCAGAAUAGACCUCUCGCUUCGGAAGUAAUUACUCCUUUUCAAGCGUUGACAUUUUUAGGAUUACAAUUAUCAGCUGGAUUAACAAUUUUAACUCAAUUAAAUUAUUAUAGUAUUUUCCUUGGUGCAACAUCUUUAAGUAUCGUAAUCAUAUAUCCAUUCAUGAAACGUGUGACAUUUUGGCCACAACUUUAUCUCGGUCUUGCAAUUAAUUGGGGUGCUUUAUUGGGAUGGCCAGCAAUGAUUGGAAAUAGUGAUUGGUCAGUCACUUUUCCGUUAUAUUGUGCCGGAGUAUGUUGGACUUUGAUAUAUGACACUAUUUACGCUCAUCAAGAUAAGGAUUUUGAUAGUGUGAUUGGUGUAAAAUCAACUGCACUCUUAUUUGGGGAUAAAACAAAACAAUAUUUAACAUUUUUUUCGGGAUCAAUGCUAUCUCUUCUUACAAUAUCAGGAUAUAUGAAUGGUCAAGAUUGGCCAUUCUAUUUAAUUUCUAUUUUAGGUACAGGAUCUCAUCUCGCGUGGCAAUUACAAUCAGUUAAUCUUAAUGAUGCAGCUGAUUGUAAUAGAAAAUUUAGAACCAAUAAAUGGGUAGGUCUCAUGGUGUUAAGUGGAAUAUUGACUGAUAUUACCUGGGAAAAUAUGAAAAAUAAUCAAAAAAAAAUCGAGAAAUAA